CCGAGGCCUCCUCCCCGCCCUGCUCCCGCGGCCGGCGCCGCGGGCAUGCGGGCUUGGCUCGCGCAAGCGUGAGAGGAUGGGGACGCAGGGCAGCCCGGUCAAGAGUUACGACUACCUGCUCAAGUUCCUGCUGGUGGGCGACAGCGACGUGGGCAAGGGCGAGAUCCUGGAGAGCCUGCAGGACGGCGCGGCCGAGUCCCCGUACGCCUACAGCAACGGAAUCGACUAUAAGACGACCACCAUCCUGCUGGAUGGACGGCGGGUCAAGCUGGAACUCUGGGACACCUCGGGCCAAGGCAGGUUCUGCACCAUCUUCAGGUCCUACUCCAGGGGUGCGCAGGGGAUCCUCCUGGUAUAUGACAUCACCAACCGCUGGUCCUUUGAUGGCAUUGACCGGUGGAUCAAGGAGAUCGAUGAGCAUGCACCUGGGGUCCCCCGGAUCCUGGUUGGGAACCGGCUGCACUUGGCCUUCAAGCGGCAAGUUCCAACAGAGCAGGCACGUGCCUACGCGGAGAAGAAUGGCAUGACCUUCUUUGAGGUCAGCCCACUGUGCAACUUCAAUGUCAUCGAGUCCUUCACCGAGCUGUCCCGCAUCGUGCUCAUGAGGCACGGCAUGGAGAAGAUUUGGAGGCCCAACCGAGUGUUCAGCCUGCAGGACCUCUGCUGUCGGGCCAUUGUCUCCUGCACCCCUGUGCACCUCAUCGACAAGCUCCCGCUGCCUGUCACCAUCAAGAGCCAUCUCAAGUCCUUCUCGAUGGCCAAUGGCAUGAACGCCGUCAUGAUGCACGGGCGCUCCUACUCACUGGCCAGUGGGGCAGGGGGCAGCAGCAACAAGGGCAAUAGCCUCAAGAGGUCCAAGUCCAUCCGCCCGCCCCAGAGCCCGCCCCAGAACUGCUCAAGGAGCAACUGCAAGAUCUCCUAGCGGGGAGGCUGGGCACCACCCUGUCCAGUGCGCUCUGGAAGGGCUCGUGCUUGGGGAACGCUUCUGGCCGGGCGCUGGGCCUGGCGCCGUGUGCAG